AUGGCUGUCUGCCAGAGCAAGGACAUCCGGAACAAUGUGACCAACCUCCAGUCGUUGGAGAACUGCACCAUCAUCGAGGGCCACCUGAAGAUUCUGCUCAUGUUUAAGACCAAGACCGAGGACUUCCGGGGCCUCAGCUACCCGAAGCUGCGAGUGGUGACCGACUACAUGCUGCUGUUCAGGGUCUACGGCCUCGAGUCCCUCAGCGAUCUGUUCCCCAACCUGACAGUGAUCCGCGGAAACAACCUCUUCUUCAACUACGCACUCGUGAUUUACGAGAUGCUGCAGCUGAAGGAGGUGGGCCUCUACAGUCUCAUGAAUAUCACCCGGGGCGCCGUGAGGAUCGAGAAGAAUCCAGACCUGUGCUACCUGGCCACCUUGGACUGGUCCAAGAUCCUAGACUCAGUGGAGGACAACUUCAUCGUGGCCAAUAAGAACGAGAGAGAGUGCGGAGAUGUUUGUCCCGGCACGGCCCAAGGUCAGACCAUCUGCUCACAGAACACCAUCAACGGACACUUCAGGGGACGAUGCUGGUCACAGAACCACUGCCAGAGAAGUAAGUGUAUUUGUGUGUUAAUGUGCAUAUAACAGUGGAGAGUUUAUUCU